GCCGCCAAAGGCACGGGGGCGUUUUCGUGCGGGUUUGCUUUGCGCUCUGUUGCGGUGAAUGCGUGAUUGAGGUCCCGCCGCAGCUAAUCAUCGUCGCCCCCCCCUUUUCGGGGCAGGAGUGCACGGCGGCGCGGAGCAGCAGCCGGGGGUGAUGUGCCAUCAUCCGCUGGGGGGCAUCUGUCCACUUUGCGUCUACUUCCACCUCUGAAGCUUAUGGGAUAGGAGUGCGUGCCCCUUCCCGACCCCGCAGCCUCGCUGGAGUCAUUUGUGCCAAAGCUGAGUUGCGUCGCAGCAAAAGAGAUGGGCAGCCCGGGCAGCGAGGUGGGCAUCGCCGUUCCCACGGAGCCGGCGCUGGAGGCCCUCUGCUCCGAGUGUGGCCAGAUCCACCGCGGCUGGGAGAACCACCUGUACAACUACCGCCUGGAGGUGGACGACGACCUGGUGUGCCACAUCUGCCUGCAGCCGCUGGUGCAGCCGCUGGACACGCCGUGCGGACACACGUUCUGCGCCCGCUGCCUGCGCAGCUUCCUCCAGGAGAGGGACUUCUGCCCGCUGGACAGGACCAGGCUGCAGCUGCAGGCGUGCCGCCGAUCCAGCAUCCUGGUGCACAAGCUGCUAGACAAGCUGUCUGUUUCCUGCCCUUUGACUCCUGUCUGCUCCCUCAGCAUGCCUCGAUGUGACCUGGAGGCUCACCUCAAACACAGGUGUCCCGGGACGCAGUGUCAGCAGACCAGCGUGGACGGCCCACGGUGCGAGAGCGGGGAUGAGCGAGCGAUGGUCACCAGCCCCCCCAGGUCGCCCACUUCUCCACAGACAGACCUGAGGGAUCGAACUCCCUCGCCGCCCUCUGGACCAAACAAUGCCAGCGGCAACGGGCCGGUGUGGACCGACGACGCAGGCCUCGACAACCCCGCCUUCGAGGAAAGCACAGAAGAAGACAGUGUGGUUGGGUUGGAGUGUGUGGUCCCCAGGGUGAAGCGGCCCCUCAGCAAUCCCUGCAUCCACCUCCUCCGCUCCGUCAGCUCCACCUCCUCCGGCUGGGACUGCCCAGAAUCCCCCCCUCUGUCUGCUGAGGAAGGCUGCGUGAAGUUGCCCUCCCUUCCCGAAGGAGAGAUAACUGCCAUAGAGGUACACCGGGCGAACCCGUACGUGGAGCUGGGCAUCAGCAUCGUGGGAGGGAACGAGACGCCUCUGAUCAACAUCGUGAUUCAGGAGGUGUACCGAGACGGCGUCAUCGCACGAGACGGACGGCUGCUGGCUGGAGAUCAGAUAUUACAAGUAAACAAUGUCGACAUCAGUAAUGUGCCACACAGCUUUGCCCGCUCCACCCUGGCUCGCCCCUGCACCACCCUGCAGCUGACGGUGCUGAGGGAGCGUCGCUGCGCCUCCCGGGCGCCGCCCUCCUCGUCCUCCUGCACCCCGGCCGUGCCCCACGCGCCCUGCUCCACCCCCGAAGGCGCCCCCUCCAGCCCGGCCACGCUGAGGAUCACCCUCCACAAGCGAGACUCCUCGGAGCAGCUCGGCAUCAAGCUGGUGCGACGGACGGACGAGUCGGGGGUGUUCGUCCUGGAUCUGCUGGACGGGGGCCUCGCUGCGAAGGACGGCCGCCUGCGUAGCAACGACCGGGUGCUCGCCGUCAACGAGCAGGACCUACGACACGGGACGCCAGAACAGGCUGCUCAGAUCAUACAGGCCAGUGGAGAACGAGUGCACCUGCUGAUUGGCCGGCCGAGCAAGCCAACGCCGCCCCCACCGCCAAAAUCGAGCUCGACCAGAGACCUCUACUGCCUUGACCACUUUCUGCCUAACCACAGCUCCACCCCGAGUCCUGUGCCCAUUCACCUAUCCCGCACCAGCACACACAGAGACCUUUCCCAGUGUGUGACCUGUAAGGAGAAACACAUCACUGUGAAGAAGGAGCCGCACGAGUCUCUGGGCAUGACGGUUGCAGGAGGCCGGGGCAGUAAGAGCGGCGAGCUGCCCAUCUUUGUGACGAGCGUGCAGCCGCACGGCUGCUUGUCGAGGGACGGACGAAUCAAGAGGGGCGACGUGCUGCUGAGCAUCAACGGGCAGGACCUGACGUACCUGAGCCACAGCGAGGCGGUGGGCACGCUGAAGGCCAGCGCCGCCUCGCCCUCCGUCCAGCUGCGAGUGCUGGAGGUCAGCAUGGUGGAGGAGCACGACCACGACGAGCUGCUGCCUCACACGCAUGACAGCGACUUCGACGCCAACUGGUCCCCCUCGUGGGUCAUGUGGCUCGGGCUGCCCAGCUACCUGCACAGCAGUCAUGAGAUCGUGCUGCGGAGGAGUCACCCGGGCAGCUGGGGCUUCAGCAUCGUCGGGGGAUACGAGGAGAGCCACGGAAACCAGGCCUUCUUCAUCAAGACCAUCGUCCUUGGCACACCUGCGUACUACGACGGCCGCCUCAAGUGUGGCGACAUGAUCGUGGCGGUCAACGGCCUGUCGACAGCAGGAAUGAGCCACUCGGCGCUGGUGCCCAUGCUGAAGGAGCAGCGCAGCCGCGUGGCGCUGACCGUAGUAUCCUGGCCCGGCAGCCUGGUAUAGCUAGGCAAGAUCAUCAGCGAGCUGCACACCACGCGAGUCCACCCCCAGAAUGUUUCUAUAUCGGGAACGACCUUGGCCAAAGUGAACUAGUACACGCUAAUGUACAUCGCUCCAUACCGGGCUUAAUCCAGGACCAAAAGCAUCCAGAACUGUUGUAGACCCAGCAGGAUCCGGCCUGCCCUGACCGGGCGGGAACCGAUCCAGACCGUGCCACGUCACUCGACAGACUGCACUCACACACACACUGCUGUGUUCAUAUGGUCAUGUUGUCUUCACUCCCGCGGGAAAGAAGGUACUGCAACCGUUAACUGGCGAUCUGUGCUGUAUUCACCUCACCGGGCAGUUUUAGAAUCCAGGGCUGCAUUCAGGUGGAUGCAACGUUUGCAGGUGGAGGAGAUAUGAAGUCGUUCCGCGUGAUCCGUGGUGUAGGAUAAUGACUGCUAAUCACUUUAAAUCGAGAUGUUCUGCAAUACCAGCGCUGUAUCCAGCUGAAUGAGCCUCAGGCCUUAUUAGAAAACCUGCCGCACCCUGAGGGCCCCCCUCCCUCCGCCCUCAGGCCUCAUCACAUGACAGCCAGCUGUUCCUGCAGCUGGAGUUUUAUACAUGUGUGAAUGUGUGUUCUGUUUGUUUAAUAAACAUUUCCUUCAAAGGA